GCCUACAAGCAGAGUUUCAGAAAGUGAAAGCGCUGCUCGUAACUGGGAGACACAAAAUCGCAUCUGUAAAGUAUUAUUAUUAUAUGUAUUUAGCCUAAUAUUCAUAUUUCUAUUUAAUUUUAAUUAUAAUAUUCUGUUCUUCACCAUUAUACAAAAUAUUCAAAAAAAUUCACAAUUCUAUUGACUUAAAAUAAUGGCAUGAGAAAUAUGCUGUAUAACAUUCAGAUAUCGUUAAUAUUUCAGACACUCAAUAAUUUACUACUAAAAAAAAUAGGAGAACAUUUAGGCUAAUGGGACAAGAUGAUGUAUUUGCUGUUGGCAAGUUUGGCUCAACUUUUCUGUUUUCAUCUGAUGGAUAUAUGUUCAGAUUUAUUAUUUUAAAUUUAUAGUAUUUAUUACUCUCUUCUGAAUUCUCAGGUUUGUCCCUGGAUUUGUGAAACAUUAAGCUGAUUCUUCCAUUCUGACUUGCAGAGAGAUAAAAAAUAACUUUGCACUGUCAACAGUAAAGUUCCUCAUCAGUUUUACACUUGUUCAUCUGUAAAAGGGUCUCCAUGUGAAGCUAUCCCAUGAUGCAACAUGUGUCCCCAGCACCAGCACUGACCAUGAUGGCCACGCAGAGCGUUCCUCCACCAUCAUACCAGGAGAGCCAACAGAUGACAGGCACUACACAGCAAAACUCAAAGGCCCAGCAUGUCCACAUCUCUGCAGCCUCAGCAGCAGGGGCCAACACGGUCAGCGUGACACUUGACCCUCAAGCCCAACUGGAGUCAGACAAACGGGCUGUUUACAGACAUCCUCUAUUCCCUCUUCUGGCUUUGCUGUUUGAGAAGUGUGAGCAAGCCACACAGGGAUCAGAAUGCAUCACCUCGGCCAGCUUUGAUGUUGACAUUGAGAAUUUUGUCCACCAGCAAGAGCAGGACCACAAGCCGUUCUUCAGCGAGGACCCUGAACUAGACAACCUGAUGGUGAAGGCGAUCCAGGUGUUAAGGAUCCACCUGCUGGAGCUGGAGAAAGUGAAUGAACUCUGUAAAGACUUCUGCAAUCGUUACAUCACCUGCCUCAAGACCAAGAUGCACAGUGACAAUCUGCUACGGAACGACCUGGGCGGCCCGUAUUCACCAUCACAGACCAGCCUUGGCCUGCAGCAGGAUCUGCUCCAAAACUCAUCCCCAUCCCUCACCUCUGUCUCCAGCACAGUUAACCACUCCGGGAUUGUGGUCCCUGCCGGCUCACUGCAACAGAACAACAUUGCCAUGACCACUAUCAACUCUCAGGUGGUUUCAGGUGGAACACUCUAUCAGCCGGUGACAAUGUUAACCUCACAGGGGCAGGUGUUAACACAGGGGUUACCGCAGGGAACCAUCCAAAUCCAAAACAAUCAGGUGAACCUGGACUUGUCUUCACUCUUGGACGGCGAUGACAAGAAAUCAAAAAACAAAAGAGGCGUUCUUCCCAAACAUGCCACAAACAUCAUGCGUUCCUGGCUCUUUCAGCAUCUCAUGCACCCUUAUCCCACUGAAGACGAGAAAAGACAGAUAGCAGCACAAACAAAUCUUACCUUGUUACAAGUGAACAACUGGUUUAUUAAUGCCCGCAGACGUAUACUGCAGCCCAUGUUGGAUGCCAGUAAUCCUGACCCUGCUCCUAAAGCCAAGAAGAUGAAAUCUCAGCACAGACCAACACAGCGCUUCUGGCCUGACUCCAUUGUAGCUGGAGUCCUGCAGACCCACUCUACAAACAACUCAGACAGUUCUCUGGGCUUGGAUGGCCUGCAUUCUCUAUCCUCAGAUUCUGCCACACUGGCGAUGCAACAAGCCAUGCUAGGAGCUGAUGAUUCCAUGGAUGGCACUGAAGAGGAAGAUGAAGAAGAUGACGAAGAGGAGGGAAUCGAUGAUGAGGAAGAUGAAGAGGAGGAUGAAGAAAGUGAGGAAGGCAGACAGAUGGCCAUUUCUGCUCGGAGAGAUCUGGGCCUCAACCACAACGAUGGACUGGAAUAAAGGAUCGGAGACACAAAAAUGACAUAAUUGACUUAACUUACACUCAUAAUCAUGGCAAAACAUUUUAAAACCACCUGAAUGAUUUCCGGUGGACACUAAGUGCCAUGGAACAGCCAGUGAGGAUUAGGAGGAGGGGCCUAUAAAAUAUGAUGGACUUCUGAUUAAUUAAAUUUGUUUUAAAGGGAUAGUUCACCAUAAAAUUAUAUAAAAUGAAAUUGUUGUUCCUAACCCCAGUGACUUAAUUUCAGUCAUUGAGGACAAAAGCAGAACAUCUUCUACAUUGUUGUCAUAGUCUAUUGUGUUUCAAUAUACCAUUUUUUUGAUAAUUAAAAGAUAUAACUGUAGUGGAUGUUAAUUAAUGUUAUUUUGCAACUAUUUUCAUGUAAUUACAUUGUUAUAAAUGGCCUGUUACAUAUUAAUACACAUUUAUAUUAAGUUACCAGAUUCACUACUGAAAACAGAAAAACACAUAAAGUUGUCUUUGAUUACUUGAACUCUGAGUGCGGGAAUAUUUCAAUGUGUUUAAGAGCUACCACGGGGACAGACAGACUAUAGAGAAAGGAUUGUCGUGUCUUUUGUGUUUCACCGAAGAAACAAAGUCAUACAGGUUUGGGAAAACAAGAGGGUGAGUAAAUAAUGGUAGAAUUUUUGGGUGAAUUAUCCUUUUAAAGAUUACAUUUUGGGGGAGGAAACAUGAGGAACUUUAGUUGUGCAAAGAGCGUACUGUAUAUUGGGCAGUUGCCAACCAGUCACACUACUCUCAUACGUAUAAUUCAUUUAAGCCUUACUUUGUAACGUUUUCUUGGUUCUCAGGUGUCCUAGCAUGACGGCAUAGUGAUAACUAUCAUGCAAUGAGUGGAUGUUUAAGGCAUGUUAUUUCUUUUUUAUUUUUGUAGAGGUAACAAAAAUAAUUAUUAGAAGUCUUGGAAGUUUUAAAAAAGAAACAAAAUCUAAAUGCCUGAUAGCACAAUGUAUGUAUAUUUGAUAGUGAUGCAUUUAGCCAGACACUUCAUAUUCAUUUUCUAAACUGUCAAAAGCAGUGGCACAAUCAACUAUGAUGCUUCCCCCUGAAUCUCUACCAUACACCAUUUGAGUAAACAUUAAGGCCACAUUGUUUUGAGUAAAGAUUGCAUCCUUGUUCUAAACAAAAGCAUGUUGUGAGAGUUAACUUAGAAUGCCAAGCAUCUCUUCUGUGUAAGGAACAAAGCUCUUGUGCCCUUCCAAACCACAGGACCUACCGGUGAAGUUUACUGAAGAACACUACGGGAUUUAAGGCAUAUUUGCAGUUUCGUAUCACACCCUGAAAUGCCCCUCUUUAUUUUAUGUGAAGGACAAAACAAACUGUUGAGACAUUUCUGAGCUUUUAAGCUUACUGUGUCUACAGAUUUAAUCACCAGUUUCUAAUGUGACGUUUAGAAAAGACAGAGGAUGUUUUUUAAUGUUAUUGCAGUUGGUCUUUGUGAAGUACAUGUUUUUCAUGAUCCUUUCCUUGGUUGUUUUUUUAAAUGGUUCUUCCAGAGAAACUGAUGAUAGGAGAGGAUUUUAAUUUGAAUUUGUUUGUAUACAUUGUUGUCAUAAUCUAUUGUU